UUUAAAAACCUUGAGGGGAAGCCUGAAAAAGAAAGCCCAAGGAGGACAAUAUCUGCUAGCGGUGGGCUUGGACAGUUAUAUACUUGCUAGUUAGUUUAGAAUAGCUACUUGUUUCCUUUUUAUGGCCUAUUUGGUUUGGUUAAGUGUUUGAUUCUACAUGUGAAUUCAUCUUUAUUGAUGCUCUAGUGUAGAGCUUAUUAUGAUGUACGUGUUUCGGUGCCAUCAUCAUAACUUGAUUUUAGUUUUUUCCUCUAUCUCAUGUAUUCUUGAAAUUUAUUUCUUUAUUAUAGAUUAAGAAAGAGUUGCAUCUUUAGGUGGAACUUGAGUUCUUGGGGUGGACAGUCUAGUUUUGAUGUGUUGAUUGUAUGGAGUAGUUUCUAAAUUGAAGUCUUAGUUAAGUCGUUAUAUUCAUAAGUUUGAGAUUAGUGUAUUGGGGUUGCUGAGGGGAUAGUUUCAUUUAGACAUAUGAGAUUCAUCAUGAGGGGUGAUUCUCAUUUAGGUGGGUCUUUGUGUAUGUGGUUGGUAUAUUUGAUUGAGUCGGAGCCAUCCAUGUUUUAGUUUGUUUGUGGGGUUCAAGUAGCUUUGUAUGGGUUUCUUGGAGCAUUCCUGUAACGGCCCAACCCCACCGCUAGCAGAUAUUGUCCUCUUUGGCCUUUCCCUUUCAGGCUUCCCCUCAAGGUUUUUAAAACGCGUCUGAUAAGGAGAGGUUUCCACACCCUUAUAAAGAAUGCUUCGUUCUCCUUUCCAACCGAUGUGGGAUCUCACAAUUCAUGUACAUAAGUUAAGCAUCCUUAACAAUUGAAUGACUCAUGAGUUUCUGCGAGAUGUUCACUCUGUUCUUAGUUCUUUGUCGGGAUAACCUUUGCCAACGAGCCACCCGUCGAAGAACUAAGAACAGAGUGAACAUCUCGCAGAAACUAUUGUUAAGAAUGUUUAACUUAUGUACAUGAAUUGUGAGAUCCCACAUCGAUUGGGAAGGAGAAUGUGGGAUGGUUAUGUCGAGCAAGCGCUUGCGCAACGAGGGUUGCUCCAAUUGCUCAGGUCUUUGAGACCCAUUAUGCCAUCACUCGAGAAACUAAAUUCCGUUGACGACGAAUCCCCAUGGAAGCGAAAGAAGAUGGUGAAUUCAAGGUGUUCGAUGAAAUGCAGCCAUGGGAUAGGAACUCUGUGGAGGUUGAAAUUGCAGAAUCCACUGUCCAGAAGCGGCUUCUUGAUAUUCCCAGUUCCGGCCAUUACAUGCAUGGACGGCAUUGGCACAACUGAUUCAAUUACUUAAAAAGAGGAAUCUGGUUUCCAAUGAUUCUUAGAGCUAACACUGUCAUUUUCCCCAAGACGUUGAAGCUGCCGGCGAUGAUACCCAUUUGGCUGAGUUUUCGCUUUCAACAAAGCCAAAAGGGUCCUCUAAUUUGUUCUUAAGACCUCCUUUUCCACUAAAACCAGUUUCCAUUACCAUUGCUCAUUGGAGAUCCAAGGAACAAAUUUCAGAAGCUUUUUUCAAGAAAAAAAUGGGAACUCCCACCAAUGGCAGUGGCAAUGGCAGCAAAACCAGAUGGAUGAUGGGUCUGCAUUUAAAGGGUCGAAAGGAAAGCGACAAUGAAGAUCUUCAUCUGUUCCGGGAGCUGCAUAAGCGUGGCAAGGAACGCACUGCCUGCUUUCUUCUGCCCGUCCAUGACCUUGAACACUGCAAUGGUGGGAAUUCUCAGUUCUACAGAAUUCAAUCAAUCAGAAAAGAGUCUGAAUUUGAACUCCUUUCUGAGGGCAACAAAAACGAUUAUGAUUGGCUUAAAACACCACCUGCAACUCCUUUGUUCCCAUCUUUGGAAAUGGAAGCCAUUGCUCCACAUAUGAAAGCUCAGAAAGAGACCAGAUUUCUCCAGCUUCUCUCACAGCCACAGUCACAGGCUUCUAACAAUUCAGAAUCAACAAAGAGAAGCAAUGGAGUUGAGAAAUCUCCAACUACAAAUCCAAGAAUACCAUCCAGAUCCAUCACUCCCAGUUAUAAACCACGCAUCAAUUCAUCAACUGAACCCAAAAACACCCAAAGAAUCACAAACCCAAACCAGAGAAUCUCUCAGGCAUCAUCAACAGACCCCACGAUCAAAAGAAACAACAAUAAAACGAAAUCCACAAAUCUUAAAGAAAGUUGCACAGAUUAUCUAACAUCAAACCUCUCCAAGCCAAAGGCAAAGUCAAAUCCAAACCCAAAUCCAAGAAGUAGAACGACAUCUCCAAUUGUGAGAUCGACAAUAGCAUCUCAAAUUCCAGAAUUCUCCAACGAAACACCUCCGAAUCUGAGGACCGAUCGGUCGAGCUCGGUGACGAGAGGGCGGCAGGUAGGAAACGAGCAGAAACCAGAGGCGAUCAACAUCAACUCCAGAAGGCAAUCGUGCUCGCCAAGUGUGACAAGGGGGCGCAAAGUGGAGGUGAAACGAGAGAUUAACAGGGGCGGAAACUUGAGUAAUGAUCAGAGAAGAACUGAAUCUACAAACAUUAUUGGAAGUCGAAUGGUGGAGAGAGUGAUGAAUGCCAGAAAAGGAAAUAAAAAUGCUUCAAAACUCUGUGUUUAGUAAAUUUUGUUAACUUAAUAUCGUGCUAAUCUACGAGGAUUCGAAAUCUGGAUUCAAUAUUUGAUGACUUGAUAUCUGUGAAUUAUUGGGCCGAGCUGGAUUUGAACCCUACACCCCUCGAGACAAGGCCAUGAUACCUACUUUUCUUGAAUUACUCUAAGAGUGAAGAAUAUCUCUACUGAUCAA